AUGCGUCGAGCGUUGCGAACGCUCGAAGAGUCCGUCCGAAACGUCGAAUAUCUCGCACCUGCGUAUAUUUUGCGAGAAGAAAAUGCAACUUUUGAAGGGGACAGAGUCUUCCUCGAUUUGGUUAAAAAGACGACGGCGUUCCUUUCCCGGAAACGGAAAAGGAGCGCGAGGAGUACUCUUUUCGUGCGAUUUACGACGCAGAAAACACUCGUAGAGGAACAGUUGAAAGAAGUAAAAGAGGGCGUUGUGGUCGUCGAUGCGAACGAGUUUGUUUUUGAGAGAAGAAGCGGCUUUGAUUUCGGCUUUGAGAAGGAGGAGGAAAACGAGAACGCUUUGGAGAGACUGUUGGGGAAAUUAGGGGAGAUUCUGAACGCAGACGCACGUGAGACGAAGAGAGACGAAGAAGAAGCAAAAUCGCUUUCGCCAAGAAGAACGACGACGGGAGAGUUGGGAACGGACAAAACGGAUGCGAUUAGGAAUGAUAAGAGUAACAACACCAUCCCCCGAUCCGGGAUAUUUGGAUACGCGUCGAAGGAUUCGGAACAUCAAACGGUGGUGUUUCUCGACGACAUUUCGUGCGUGAGUUUUAUAUACGGCGAACAAAGCGUCGUUCGGUUCGUUCGAGCGGUGCAACGGAUGUCGCGAGCGAGAGGGGUGGUGGUGAGAGAACGAGUUUUUUCUUCUUCUUCGACGACGACGGCGACGAAUGGCGGCGGUAACGAGAGAAGCAGCAGUAGGAGGAGUAGACGACGGAGGAGUGGACGCAGCGCGGCGAGCGAUGUGCUCGCGAACGAUGCGAGCUGUUCGUGCGCGAUGACGCUUUCCAGGCAGAGUAACGGUAGGAUUAGAAGUAAAGGUGGAAGCGGUAGAAAAACGCUCUUCACGGCGGAAGCGAAACGAGGCGCGACGAGGAAGACCAGAGAGACAGACGUCGUGCAGUUCGUAAAGGUUCCCAGUAGCAGUAGUAGUGGUACUACUACUAACCAAUACAUAGCUUUAGAGUAUACCUCCAUAGACGACGCGUUACGGAACGAAAAGGAUAUCCAGAAAGCGCGAGAGCGUUCCCGAACGGAAAAAUUGGCGGACAAACUCAACAAGUUUUCCACGUUCAAUUUAGGCAUCAACGCGACGAACGGGGGAAACCAACGCGAACGAGACGCUAAACGCAACGUCAAACUCGCGUACCAACACGAAGGAGGAACGACAGCAACAAAUGACAUCAUCGCGACCACGACCGCGACGGCAUCGAGGACCCACGCCGAAACCGCAACCUUCCGCCAAACGCUCCCUCGCGACGCCGGCGGUCUCCUCGGCCGCGCCGGCCAAGGCCACGGCGAGAAGAUCAAAAACUUGCUCGAAUACGAGCGAGACGAAACCGAUGAACACGAUUACGGAUCUGGUGUCGAUACGGAUGAAGAGAUUGAUGAUUUAGAUGACUUUUAA